UCCCUCGCGCUCCACUCACUCUGCCCGGGGCCGCGCGCCUGGACUCGCACACCGACUGGGUUCUGGCGAUCAAGCUGACCCCCGGCGGCGGUGAGGUCAGCGUGAUGUCAUCCCGAAGGUGAGUGAUGUCAUGCCGAAGAUCUCCCAGGCAAGGUGAGCUUGCGUUUUGGUGAGUGUGUGUGGUGCUCCCCAUCCAGAGAGGUGAAACAUGGUAAUCAUCAUCGUCGCCGCCACCAGCUCGAGCUCUGCCGCCCUGCUCUUCUCAUCUACCGAGGGGCUUAUUGCAUUACAUGCCCGCAGCCCCGACCUGCCUUCCAAAAAUAAGCCCCUGCCACCAUGCCGAAAGAAGAAAAACAAGAGUGGUAUUUUUAGGGGCAUUAAUUUUGACCACGUGCCCCGAGGGUAAACCGGAUGGCCACUGCGCAAAGGUUCCUCACCAGUAUGUGCGAGAGCAGCGGGCGCUGGACGUGGACUGCGGUUGUUCUGCUGGGCUUUCUGAUUGGGAUCGUGUCCUCCUACCCCACCUCGGACAGGACUAAUGCAACUUCACUGGAGAAAAGGUGGGAGAAGCUCUUCUCCCGCUCCGUUUUGGGGAUCUCGGUGGAGAAAUCGGACCUGAACUGGGAGAGUGACUAUUUGCUGGGCAUUAAGAGAGUGCGGAGGCUGUACUGCAACGUGGGCAUCGGAUUUCACCUGCAGGUCCUGCCAGACGGAAGGAUAAACGGAGUCCAUAAUGAGAACCAGUACAGUCUAAUUGAAAUCUCAGCGGUAGAGAGAGGAGUGGUUAGUCUAUACGGCGUGAAAAGCGGGCUGUUUGUCGCAAUGAGCAGCCGCGGGAGGUUAUACGGAACGAGGGCCUUCCGUGACGAGUGCAAGUUCAAGGAGACACUGCUGCCCAACAAUUACAACGCAUACGAGUCUUCCAUUUACAAGGGCUUUUACAUGGCCCUCAGCAAACAUGGCCGCUUGAAGCGAGGCUACAAGGCUUCCCCAGCAAUGACUGUCACACAUUUCCUCCCACGUUUAUGAGUGAAACUGGCAAUAACACAAUAAUUUGCACAUGUUGGAUGUUCUCGUAGGUAACCCAAACAUGCUAAGAGGUGAACUGCAAAGAACUAAAAGAACACUCACGUAUUUAUUCUCGGUGAAAUAGUAAUAAUAAUAAUAUAUGUAUAUUUCGGUAGCUUACUUUGUGUCUGAACUUUGUGUACAUGCCAUUCUUUGCUGCUUAUGAUUUCUAUUGUGAAUAAGUCGAGGAGCUUUUUAUGCCUUCUCACUUUUUAUGGGUGCUUGCCAUAACUGGUGUAAACCUUACCCGGCAUUGGACUAACAUCCUCAGCUUUUAGAAGUGAAACGGAAACUUUUUAUUACCUCAAAGAGCCACGUCCGCAUUGAAGAAGUUAUGGAGGGAAAAAUAAAUAUCAGUUUACUCUGAUCUUCAUCUGUUCCACCAUUUUACAAAGGACAUGAAAGCACUUAUUUUUCUGGAGUUUUCAUUAUUAGGUGGUGCCUUAGCCUCUACUAGUUUGCCUCCUUUUGUGCAUGCAGGAAAGAGGUUUCUGUUCCAUAUUUAGAUCAAUAUAUAGUUGACAUUAAACGUUGACUGCAUGC